CGUGUGACCCUUGCGCAACUUCGUUCUGGAUACUGUAGCAGGUUAAACUCCUACUUAUCCAGAAUAGACCCUGACAUACCCGACGUAUGUCCUGCAUGCAACGAGUCUCCGCAUAAUACUGACCACCUCUUUGCAUGCCCCACAAACCCCACCCAUCUAACACCCUUCUCCCUUUGGUCCGACCCCGUCGAAACAGCACGUUUCUUGGGCCUACCGUUAGAUGACAUCGACGACAACACAAAUGACAUUUACCAUCUCAACGGGGAUUAGAUUUCCGUUAAAACAACAACAACGGCGGGGUAGAGGAUCUCUCCCUCCUCGAGCCCAUUCUAUGAUGGCCGACGUCAUGGAAAUUGCCGAAGUGAACCUGCAUCAUGCGGCGGCAGCCUCAGCUGUCAUUACAAGCAGGCUCACUGCGGAGAAACUGGGCGCACUGCUGAUCCAAGAGCCUUGGGUCUAUAAGGGAGAGAUAAAGGGCCUCAAGACGGAGGCAAAUAAGGUAAUCUGGGACCUCUCUAGCGAGAGGCCUAGGACGUGUAUAGUUGUCAGAAGCAAUAUUGAUUUCUUUUGCAUUUCAGAGUUUCUGACACAGGACUUGGUGGCGGUACAGGCCAGGGAUACUGAGGGCAAAGACCUCGUCCUGGCCUCAGCAUACUUUCCAGGAAAGACAGCAACGGCGCCCCCGGAGGCGGUGGAAAGGCUGGUAGAACACUGCAAACGGCACAAGCUCCCCCUCAUCAUCGGCUGCGAUGCUAACGCUCACCACACAGAAUGGGGCAGCACCGACUGCAACGCGAGAGGGGGAGCAGCAUUUACUGCCUCACCUGAUUCGGCUGCUGAGGGAAAGCCUCGCAUUGGCGUUCAUCCCUGA